AUGUGUGAAGCUAAGGAUGUGGACGCUGAAGAAACGGUUGAAAGAAGUGUAGAUUUGGACUAUGUGUUGGUGAAUGAGUUGGGCCAGUUUGGACGAUUUCAGAUUAAAUACAUAUUAUGUCUCAUUGCACUUCCAAUAAUGAGUUCGGGAUUCUUCGGCGAUUACGUGUUUACGGCCACAGCGAUUCCACAUAGAUGUCGUAUUCCCGAGUGCGGUGAGAGCACUAAGAGUGAUGUCUACGGACCGGACUGGAUCACCAAUGCAAUACCACUAACAGAUGCAGGCCCUAAAUUCGCAAGCUGUGAGAGAUAUGCGCCUGCGCACUCUGGCUACAACGGCUCCUUGCUACACUGUCCCAUAGAUCUCUUUGAUCACUCAAUCACACAAAAAUGUGAUGAAUUUGUCUACGAUGGGGUCACUUCUGUUGUAUACGACUUUGACCUGGCAUGUAAAGAAUGGCUCAGAACCCUGGCAGGGACACUGAGUAGUCUUGGCACGCUGUUGGUCCUACCACUUGUCGGCUACAUCUCUGACCACUUUGGGCGACGCAUGGCAUUACUCUUCAGUGUCUUCAACACGGCCUUGAUUGGGGUUUUCAAGGCUUUUUCAUUAAACUACACCAUGUUUCUUGCUCUACAACUACUGCAAACUACUUUAGGAGCAGGAUUAGCAAGUUCUGCUUACAUUUUUUCCACCGAGUUAGUGGGCCCUAAGUAUCGUGUACUUACGUCCGCUACAUCUUCGGCAACGUUUUCCUGCUGGGAGGUAGUCCUAGGUGUAGUAGCCUGGCUUGUCCGCCCGUGGCGAUCUCUACUCAUGACUCUGUAUAUCCCGGUCUUUCUUCUUUUGUCUUACUAUUGGAUACUAUCUGAAAGCGUCCGGUGGCUGUUAGCAAAGAAGAAAUACGCGGAAGCAAGACAAGUACUAGAAAAUGUCGCUAAAACAAAUAAAACAAACAUAAGUGCGAAAUCUAUGAAUGAUUUAUUGAAUCCUCCAACAAGGAAAUUAAAAGUUCUUUUUUUGACCUUAACUUGGCCGUUUAUACCACCAGAGCUUACAGUGCUCCGGCUGGUAGUGUACCUCGCUGGUAAAUUCGGUAUUUCACUGGUGUUCACGUCUCUGUACCUGUAUACGUCAGAGCUCUACCCCACAGAGUUUAGACACAGUCUAUUGGGCUUCUCAUCUAUGGUCGGUCGGAUUGGUUCUAUAUGCGCACCUCUUACACCACUUCUUACUGAUUAUUGGCUUGGUUUGCCAAACACAGUGUUGGGGUUGAUGUCAGGCCUCUUGGUCCUCACGCAGCCCGAAACUUUUGGAAGGAAAUUGCCGGAUACCUUGGAGGAAGCCGAAACCAUUGGAAAAUAA